AGUGCUGUCAUCCAGUUCGGAUAUUAGUUGGCUUAUGGUGUUUUUUUUUUCGAAAAGACCCAAAAGUGUCUGAAAUUUUCUCGGGUUUUUUGCCCAAUUUCCACGCAAAGUAUGCCAAUAAUUUUGCCUGUGAAUUGUUCAUCGUGUCCGGGACUAGCGAUUGAGGUGUUUCACUCGGUAUAAUUUGGGGUUUUGAGGGGGUGGCAAAGUGUCUUGUGUUGUGCAAUGAAGAUGACGCUUGGAAAAGUGGCGAAUGCUCCAAAUGAAAUGGCUCAAGUGAUGGUGUUGUCCAGUCUCUAAGUCAUACAAAAGAUCUCCCUUUUUUUCCCCUCAUGUUGCACUUGAGACACUGACGGACACGGUGACUCAAUCAAUUGCCUUUGUACACUGCUGUCUUCCUGUUAUUUUGCUGGCUUCUAUAUUUUGUCUCCGUCAUCUUGGCUCUUUUUCUCUUCUCCUUCCGAAAAGGCCCUCGCGGUUGCCACAAAUAUUGAAGAAAAUUCGUCGAAAAGGUGCGUGCAAAGGGAGGGAGGAAUAAGCAAAUAAGAAGGCUAAAAUAAAUGAGAAAAUGGCAACGGACCUGGACGAGGAUCGUCGUAGAAGGCUUGCGGCUCUCGAGGAGAAAAUUCGUGAUCCCAGUGGCAUUGCCAAUCUGGACUGUCUCCUGGACACGGUGACAGCUCUUGUGGCCGACUGUGAUCAUGAGUCAGUGAAACGUGUUAAGAACAUCGAGGCAUACAUUCACAGAUAUGAGCCCCUCGCGAGGGAGAUCAGUGAACUCCGGAUGCGCCCGGAGGAUUUUCACAUGAUCAAGGUAAUUGGACGAGGAGCUUUUGGGGAGGUUCAACUGGUGAGGCAUCGAACAACCCAGAAAGUCUAUGCCAUGAAGCGCCUUUCAAAGUUCGCCAUGAUCAAGAGGCCAGAUUCAGCUUUUUUCUGGGAGGAACGUCACAUUCUGGCUCAUGCCAAUUCCGACUGGAUUGUCCGGCUCCACUAUGCCUUCCAAGACAACAAGUAUCUCUACAUGGUGAUGGACUACAUGCCAGGUGGUGACAUGUUCUCCCUCAUGUCAAUGUACGAAAUCCCCGAGAACUGGGCCAUUUUCUACACAAUGGAAAUUGUCCUGGCACUGGACACAAUUCACAAUAUGGGCUUUGUGCACCGAGACGUGAAGCCGGACAAUAUGCUGCUGGACAGCAUGGGACAUCUGAAAUUGGCGGACUUUGGGACGUGCAUUCGCGUGGGAGCCGAUGGUUUGGUGAAGUCCAGCAAUGCAGUCGGAACACCGGACUACAUCAGUCCGGAAGUGUUGCAGAGUCAGAGUGGUGGGGGUGAGUAUGGGCGAGAAUGUGAUUGGUGGAGUCUUGGUGUGGUGCUGUAUGAGAUGUUCUUCGGUGAAUUGCCCUUCUAUGCGGACAGUUUGGUGGGAACAUAUGGGAAGAUAAUGGAUCAUAGGAAUUCACUGAAUUUGCCACAGGAUGCAGAUAUCAGUGAGAAUGCUAGAUCAUUGAUACGGGGCUUUCUGACUGAUCGUAAUUCGCGUCUUGGACGUCAUGGUGUCGAUCAGAUUAGGAAUCAUCCAUUUUUUAUCAAUGAUACGUGGACUUUUGAGAAUUUGAGAGAAUCAGCACCGCCAGUUGUUCCAGAAUUGAAUGGGGAUGAUGAUACGAGUAAUUUUGAGGAUAUUGAAAAGGAUGAGAGUCCAGAGGAAUUAUUUCCAGUGCCUAAGACAUUUGCUGGCAAUCAUUUGCCCUUUGUGGGCUUUACGUACACGGGAGACUAUCAAUUGUUGAAUGUUUCGCUGGACAAUGUGGACAAUCGGGAAUCGUAUCGGAAUCAUCGACCAUCGUACAGUGGAGAAAUUGUGCGAUUGGAAAAAUUGCUGGAGAAUGAGAGGCAAACCGUGGAGAGUUUGGAGAAACAGGAGAAGGCUCUGAGGAAUCAGGUGGAAAUUAUGACGGUUCGUGAGGCUGAAUUGCAGAGUAUGUCCACGGAGUAUGAAAAAGAGUUGACAAUGUUGAAACAUUCGUACCGGGAGACGCACAGAAGGGCGGAAAAUGAGAGUGAAUUGCGCAGAAAGACGGAAUUGCUGUUGAAUGAGACGAAGAAGCGACUUGAUGAGGAACAGAGUAAACGAACGCGUGAAAUGAAUAACAAUCAACAGCACAAUGAUCGAAUUAAUCAAUUGGAGAAGCAAUGUACAGAUAUCCAGGAUAAAUACAGGAUGGAGACAGAAAUGUGUCAAAAGUUGAAAAAACAACUCAAUGAAUUGCGCCUAGCACGAAAUGACACAGAACAGAAAUGCAAUGAGCUACAGUCACUCCUGGGGACACUUCAGGAGCAUCGGGAUGCCUUGCAGCAGGAAGUGACAGAAUUGCAAAAUCGUCUUGCUCAUGAGAGGAAUACACGGCAGCAGCUAGUGGAGGCUCAUGAGGAAAAUGAGGGAAAGCUGCAGACAUUGAGUACGGAAUUUGAGCGGUGUUUCCAUCGGGAACAGAAACACAUGGAGGACAAUCGGGCAUUGAGUGAGCGUUUGGGGAAUUUGGAAAAGGAAAAUGCGACGUUGGAUUUGGAAUUGAAGGCCAUGCAGCAGCGGUAUCAGCAGGAAGUGAAGGCACACGAGGAGGCAGCUCGUAGUCAGAAAGUGUACAAAGAAGAGGCUAAUAUGGAGGAAGUGAAGGCACUUCAGACUAAGCUCAAUGAGGAAAAGGUGGGCAGGCAGAGAGCUGAGCAGAAUUCACAGGAGAAGGAAAGACAAAUUUCCAUGUUGUCCGUUGACUAUCGACAAAUGCAGCAGCGUCUGCAGAAACUUGAAGGCGAGAAUCGUCAGGAAACGGAAAAGGUGAUUGCGUUGCAUAGUCAAUUGGAUCAAGAGCAGUCAAAGAAGAAUUCACUGUUGUCUGAAUUGAGUCUGCAAAGUUCCGAAAUAGCCCAUCUGAAAGCCAAAGAGACUCAGUUGAUUAAAGAGGUGCAUCAAUUGCGCGAUAUGAGACGAAAAUUUGAGGAGGAAGUGUUUAAAAUUAAGAAUGCUCACAAUCAGGACAUCCUGCAGAAUAAGGAGUUACAGGAACAAUUGGAGGCUGAACAGUAUUUUCAUAAAUUACAAAAGAAACAAUGUAAGGAUGCUAGGGAUGAGCUUGAGGAGAAAACACGGGUGCUGCAGGAGCAGGAGGAAGAAAGAAAAUCUCUGGUGCAUCAAUUGCAAAUAGCUCUUGCUCGUGCUGACUCUGAAGCUCUGGCGAGAUCAAUUGCCGAAGAGACUGUGGCUGAUUUGGAGAAGGAGAAGGCCAUGAAGGAGUUUGAAAUGAAGGAUUUGGUGGCUAAGCACAAGAGUGAACUGGCGCAUAAGGAAUCAGCGUUAUUGGUGAUGAAAGAUGUGGAAUAUGAUGUAAAUAUGAAAUUGAGCAAGAAAACUGUCGAAUUGGAUGAGCAAGUGCAGUUGAAUAAGAAACUCCAGGAUGAAUUGAGUCAAGUGAAGGUGGACAAGGGUGAAAUUGAGCGAUUACAGGCAAAAUUGAAGCAGGAGACCUUGUUUAAGCAGUCAGCUGUGAAUAAACUCGAAGAAGUGAUCUAUCGAAAGGACUUUGCCAAUACGGCCAAGAACAAGAAGGUCGGUUCGGCCACGGAACUGAGGAAGAAGGAAAAGGAGAAUCGACGAUUGAAGCAGGAGCUGUGUCAGGAGCGUGAUAAGUACAGUCAUUUGUUGGUGAAAUUCAAUGAGUCUCAGAUCAAUUUGAAUGAAGAAACAAUGGCCAAGACGAAACUUCAAAUGGAGAUUCAGUGCAAGGAUACAGAAAUUGAGAUGCUCCAGACGAAACUCAAUGAGACAACUUCACUGUCUUCUGCUGAAAAUGACACGGAGGAUAAUCAGGAUUCAAUAAUCGAGGGAUGGCUCAGUGUGCCAAAUAAACAAAAUAUUCGAAGACAUGGAUGGAAGCGUCAAUUUGUCGUGGUCUCAACUAGACGAAUUAUUUUCUACAAUACAGAACACGAUAAACAAAAUACUAGUGAUCCCGUCCUUAUCUUGGAUUUAAGUAAAGUAUUCCACGUGAGAUCAGUGACACAGGGUGAUGUGAUUCGUGCUGAUGCCAAAGAAAUUCCCAGAAUAUUUCAAUUGCUGUACGCAAUGGAAGGUGAGGCUCGUCGUCCGGAUGAUCAGCAACAAAAUCAAUUUGACACCCUCAAAGGAUCCGGCGACGAGAGACCCGGAACAAUUCACCACAAAGGUCAUGAAUUAAUUCAAAUAUCCUACCAUAUGCCAACAACAUGUGAAAUUUGUCCAAAACCAGUUUGGCACAUGUUUCGGCCACCACCCGCCUAUGAAUGCAAAAGGUGUCGCAUAAAAAUUCACAAAGAACAUGUGGACAAUAAUGAUCCACUGGCUCCGUGCAAAUUACAUCACGAUCCCCAUUGUGCCCGUGAGAUGCUUCUGUUGGCAUCCACGAAGGAGGAUCAGACACGAUGGGUGAGUCGGCUGUCUAAACGUAUUCAAAAGUGUGGCUACAAAGCCAACAACAUCAACAGUGCCGCAGGAAAUGAUGGUAGCAAAAUUUCACCAAGCCAGUCGACACGUUCCAACUACAAACCAUAUGCCGCAACUAAUGUACAAAGAUCAGCAACUCUUCCAGCUAAUUCGUCAUUGAAGCAACCAUAACAAAAUCCUUUUUUUUUAAGUUGUUUUUGUUUUAAUCUUAAAAAAAAACAAGAGACAUUUUUCUCUUUAUUAAUUCUGGACAUCGUAAUUUUAGCCAGUUCGAAAAUCACAGAAAAAAACUAAAUCUCUGUCGCCUUCAGGAAUUUUCUCUUUUUUUAAUUCUUUGUGCAUUAUGUGUUUUAAAAAAAAUAAUUUAUGUGGUUUCUGGAAGUAAAAUUUGCAAAAAAAAGUAAAUCAUUUCCCGUGGGUGCUUUUUAAAAUGCAACAAAUUUUAAUUGUCCUAUCAUGUGGCUUUUAAAAAAAAUCAUUAUCCAUUUUUUAUGUUUUAUUCUUUUCUUUUUUUUAAAUUGUAAAAAAAAUAUAAUAGGCAGCUGUUAAACCCCGUAAAGAAGUAGAGCAAUAAAUAGAGAAAUGUGCCGACGGUUUGAAAAAUAUUUAAAAGAAAAAAAUAAAUAAAGAAAAUCAGUGCCUCAAUAAUUUUAAAGAAUAAGACGAAAAUGAAAAAGAAAAAAAAAGAAAAUGAGAAAAAUGAAAAAAUAAACCAGAUUUAGAAGCAUUUUUUUGAGUGAAAAAAAGAAAGUUUUAAAAAUUUGUUUCGACAGAAAAAAAGUGAAAAUUAUUUUCCAAAAACAUUUUAUAAAUAUUAUUUGGUACUUAGGUGUAUAUUACUUAAAAUUUAUUUUUAAUAUAAUAUUUUAGAUUAUGACAUUUUUUUUACAAUUCAUGAGUUGUGCUGUGUUUUAAUGUAAUACAACUAAUAAAUGACGGCAGGAGAAAGUUUUUUUUUAAAAAAUAAAUAAAUAAAUAAAUAUUUUUUCAAUUUUGCAAUUAGAUAUUCUUUGUCCUUUUCUUUGAAAGUCUUACGUCGUGAAUAUUAAUAGAAAUAUUAACCGUGAACAUAAUUUUUUUUCAUAGAUAAUAAAUAAUUUAAUAAAGAAAAAACAACUGAUAAUUCGAGACGAACUACUGAAAAUAAACAAAACUGAUAUUUUUUCAAUUAUUUUUGUUUUUACAAACUGACUAAUAUUUAAGAUUUGGAGGAAGAAAUAGAAGAAGAUAUUUUAUUUUCUUUCAUGAAAAGAAAAUUAAAGUUACUAUAAAUAAUACUUUUUCCUUCAAAAUAAGCUCAUUUACCUUUGUCUUUUCAAUAUUUUAUUUACCUGUUUUUUUUAAUCAAUCUCCAUAGUUGCGAUUUAACUCUUUAUAUUCUUAAUAAAUUAUUAUGAUAUAAUUUUAUUUAACCAUAAUAAAAUAUGGUGCUCUAUCGAUGCUGAACAUUUUUACAUCUUUUUUUUACUAUUAAUUGCAUUUAUUAAUUAGUUAAAAAGAGAAAUUUACAAAAAAAAAAGAAAGAGGAUGAUGACAGUUUUGUGAAAGAAAAAAUGAAAAAAAUAUAUUUUUAUAUACUUGCAUUUUUUCAGAGCCUAUUAAUAACGAAGAAGAGUAAAAGGAAAGAAAGAAUAUAGGAUAAAAAAAUCAUAAAAUUGAAAGUUUCAAGGUUUCAAGCAUUUUAUCACAAUUUUUAAUAAAACAUUCCGACUUAGGUAUUUUUAUGAGAAUUUUAUCGUGAAACUAUUAUGAAAGAAAUAUAUUUGUAAAAAGUAAAACAAUAAUUUAUCAAUAUCAGUGAAAAAAAAUAUCUAAAUAUCAUUAAAUUUAAUUUAAAAUGAAAAAAAAAUGUAUCGAAAAACUCAACAGUAAAUUUGAAAGGGCACGAUUUUGAAAAAUUAAAAAAAAAGAUAUCCUCAAAAGAAAGUAAUUGCAGUGCCUUUUUCUCAAAAUGCCCGAAAACAGUAAUUUUUUUUUUAAUAAAAACAACUUCUGUAAUUAUCAAUUUAGAAUAUUUUAAAAUUAUUUUAGAAUUUACAAUGUGGAAUAUUUUGUAAGAUUCACUGUAAAUGUACAUAUUCUAUUCAGUAAAUAAUUAUGAAGAUGGAAA